CAGCCUGUUGCCAUGGAUACGAACCACACCCUUAAUCUCUCCGCACCCGAUGUGUCAUCAUUGUACGCCACCAACGCGUCAUGUGACUCCAUAUCGCCGACGGAGUACCAGAAGAGCAUCAUCCCCACUCUCUAUAGCUGUAUCUUUAUACUGGGUUUCCUUGGCAACGUGCUGGUGGUGUUUGUGCUGUGUCGGGGCUCGGCCCGUCGCACGGUGGCGAACACAUACCUGGUGAACUUGGCGCUGUCGGACCUGCUGUUCCUGACCAGCCUUCCGUUCUGGGCAGUGUAUUACAGUCUGGACUAUAACUGGGUGUUUGGCACUCUGAUGUGUAAACUCUGUGGGGGUCUGCUGUCUCUGAACGUCUACGCCAGCAUUUACUUCAUCACCUGUAUGAGCGUCGACCGCUACCGCGCCAUCGUACACCCGCUCAGUUCUCAGUCCAGCCGCAGCGUGUGCCGCGCCCGCGUGGUGAGCGGUGCCAUCUGGGUCAUCGCUGCCCUCAGCACGCUGCCCACGCUAGUGUUCCGCGAGACGCGCCACCUUCCCGAGCUCAACGUCACCGCCUGUGUCAUCCUCUACCCCGACCCUCGGUGGAGCGCCGCUCUCGACCUCGCCAAGAACGUACUCGCCUUCCUCAUGCCCUUCGUCGUCAUAGCGACCUGCUACGGCCGCAUCGCCGGGCACCUGUUGGCCGCGCCCAACCACAUAGAGCAAAGCUCCGCCCACUUGGACCGCGUGCUGCGGAUGGUUGUUGCCGUGGUAACGGCGUUCUUCCUGUGUUGGUGCCCCUUCCACGUGUUGACGUUGGUGAGGGCCCUGGGGGCGUUCGGUGUGCAGAAUACGUGUUGGAUGGAGCAGACACUGAGCACACUGCUGCCUCUCUCUCUCUGUCUGGGGUUCUCCAACAGUGCCAUUAACCCUUUCCUCUACUGCUUCGUGGGGAACCACUUCCGCGAGCAGCUGUGGAGACUGUACGAGGAGAGAGCGCCGCGUCUCACGCAGAAGAGGGACUCCAUUAGCACACGUCUCAGCUCCUUCUCCAGGAAACUCAGUGACCUGAGAGAGCCAGGACCGCUAGAGACUCUCACACAACACAGUGGCCCCUAGUGAAGGGGAGGCCAAACUGCAACAAAGGCCAAAGCAUAAAGGUCUAAGGCAACAAGGGACGUCGUUAGACUUUGUUGCAGGACCAGUUCAUGUUCUCUAAUACAGUUCACGUGAGACUUCUUACAGAGCCAUCAGACCAACCGUGCUUAAUGUGGCAGUUGGAAUUCUGCCGACAGUUCAUUGCCUCACUGUGCAUCAUCAUAAGACAUUUAUUGUCUGUGACAGUCUGUGUUACUGUUACUCUUAUUUAUGAAGAUUCAGCUGAUGUUUAUAACGUAUACAUUAUGCUCUGUAAGGCCUUUUGUCAGAAUGAACACAGUUAAAUACAUGCCACCGUGAC